CUGGGCACCGGCCGCCCCGUCGGCGGCGGCGGCGGCUUGCGGGAGCCCCGGCGCGGGAAGCCCGGCGCCCGCAUGAGCCUGCUGGGGAAGCCGCUGGCGUACAGCAGCAGCCAGAGCUGCCGGAGGAACGCCAAGUACCGGCGCCUGCAGAACUACCUGUACAACGUGCUGGAGAGACCCCGCGGCUGGGCCUUCGUCUACCACGCCUUCGUUUUUCUCCUUGUAUUUGGUUGCUUGAUUUUGUCAGUGUUUUCUACCAUCCCUGAGCACACAAAACUUGCAUCUCGUUGCCUCUUCAUUCUGGAGUUUGUCAUGAUUGUUGUAUUUGGUUUGGAGUUUAUCAUUCGUAUCUGGUCUGCUGGCUGCUGUUGUCGAUACCGGGGAUGGCAAGGAAGGUUGAGAUUUGCAAGGAAACCUUUCUGUGUAAUCGACAUCAUUGUUCUCAUCGCUUCAAUAGCAGUUGUUUCUGCAAAAACUCAGGGUAACAUUUUUGCAACAUCAGCACUGAGAAGUCUUCGUUUCCUACAGAUCCUCCGUAUGGUGCGCAUGGACCGAAGAGGAGGGACUUGGAAAUUGUUAGGUUCAGUAGUGUAUGCACAUAGCAAGGAACUAAUCACAGCCUGGUACAUAGGAUUUUUAGUACUCAUCUUCUCAUCUUUUCUUGUUUAUCUGGUGGAAAAAGAUGCAAAUAACCAGUUUUCUACUUACGCAGAUGCUCUCUGGUGGGGCACAAUCACAUUGACAACAAUUGGUUAUGGAGACAAAACUCCUCUUACUUGGCUUGGAAGGCUGCUUUCUGCAGGGUUUGCUCUACUAGGCAUUUCUUUCUUUGCACUACCUGCUGGCAUUCUUGGCUCAGGGUUUGCAUUAAAAGUACAGGAACAGCAUCGUCAAAAGCAUUUUGAGAAAAGAAGGAAUCCAGCUGCCAGUUUAAUUCAGUGUGUAUGGCGUAGUUAUGCGGCUGAUGAGAAAUCGGUUUCCAUUGCUACCUGGAAGCCUCAUUUGAAGGCCUUGCAUACCUGCAGCCCUACAAAGAAAGAACAAGGAGAAGCUUCAAGCAGCCAAAAGUUAAGUUUUAAAGAGCGGGUACGGAUGGCCAGCCCAAGAGGACAAAGUAUUAAGAACAGGCAAGCUUCUGUUGGAGAUCGGCGGUCCCCAAGUACUGACAUUACUGCAGAGGGCAGUCCAACCAAAGUGCAAAAGAGCUGGAGCUUCAAUGACCGAACCCGUUUCCGACCUUCGCUGCGUCUGAAGAGUUCUCAGCCCAAACCAGUGUUAGAUGCUGAUACCACUCUUGGAACAGAUGAUAUUUAUGAUGAGAGAGGAUGUCAAUGUGACGUGUCAGUAGAAGAUCUCACCCCAGCACUUAAAACUGUCAUUAGAGCUAUCAGAAUCAUGAAAUUUCAUGUUGCAAAAAGAAAAUUUAAAGAGACAUUACGUCCAUAUGAUGUAAAAGACGUCAUUGAACAGUAUUCAGCUGGUCACCUGGAUAUGUUGUGCAGAAUUAAAAGUCUUCAGUCACGUGUUGACCAAAUUCUUGGAAAAGGACAAAUCACAACAGAUAAGAAAAGUCGAGAAAAGAAUACUGUGGAGAAUGAGACAACUGAUGACCUUAGUAUGUUAGGGCGUGUUGUCAAGGUGGAGAAACAGGUACAAUCCAUAGAGUCAAAACUAGACAGUCUAUUAGAUAUCUAUCAACAGGUUUUAAGGAAAGGAUCUGCAUCAGCACUCACUUUGGCUUCAUUUCAAAUGCCCGCUUUUGAAUGUGAGCAGACCUCUGAUUAUCAAAGUCCUGUGGACAGCAAGGAUUUAUCUAAUUCUUCACGAAUUAGUGGAUGUGUAUCCAGAUCAGCUAGUGCCAACAUGCCACGUGGCCUACAACUUAUACUGACACCAAAUGAAUUUAGCACUCAGGCUUACUAUGCUUUUAGUCCAGCUAUGCAUAGUCAAGCAACGCAAGUGCCAAAUGAUGGACCUGCAGCAGUAAUAGCUAAUAAUAUAUCAAACCAAAUAAAUCAGGCCAGUAAGCCAACAACUCCAACCACCUUACAAAUACCACCUUUUUCUUCAGUCAAGCAUAUCAGCAGACCUGAACCUAUUCAUAUUAUCCCUGUGACCACACAGGAAAAUAUUUCUGAUGUCACCGCUUGCCUUGUUGCAUCAAAGGAUAAUGGACAAGUUGCACAGACCAGUGUGACAAAGAAUCUUUCAUGGAGAAAAAGCCUUGAUACCGAAGGAGAACCUUUGGGCUCCGUUAAAACAGCGCAAAUGGAUUUAGGAAAAUCAUUAUCUGUGCAAAACCUUAUACAGUCAACAGAAGAACUGAAUGUACAGAUUGCUGGUAGUGACCCCAGUGGUUCAAGAGGUAGCCAAGAAGUAUACUCCAAAUGGAGAGAGUCCAAAUUAUUUAUAACAGAUGAAGAGUUGGAAGUAGAGGCAGAAACAGAGACUACUGAAGCCAUCUCUCACCCCUUAGUGGAAACAACUCUCUCCACUGACUCUCUAAGGACUGGAAUAUCAAGAUCAUCUCAAAGCAUUUUCAAGCCAGGGGAUGGUACAGAUUCACUCAGCCUGCCUCAUGUCAAACUUAAAUAACAACUUAUGGGUUUUCUUCACUGGCUGAGUAAUUCCUUUAGUCAUACAUAUCAUAGCAUGAACUAUUUUGAAAGCCUUUUUAAUAUGAUAAACUUGCAAGAAUCAGGAAGAAUCUGAAAGGCAGUUGUAUGAGCCCAUAUCUUCUAGCUGCAUGAAAAUGCAUGUGUAAAUGAUGGCUAAAAUUCAAAUUUAUACCUACAGUACAUCAACACUUUCAUGUAGUACAGUAGGUUUAAAUAAUGAGUAAUAUACAAAGCUAAUGCUGCAGGAUUUAUCAAAAAGCAAAGAUCUGAGCAUUUAGAAAUAGUGCUGUUUCUACAGUGCAGAAGUAAAAAAAACAAAACCAUAAGACUUAAAGCACUUUGCUUCUGGAUUAAAAAUAUGUAUGUCCUGAAUUAGAUAAUAGUUUAUGUUUACAACAAGAAUAUUAUCUACAGCUGCUAGCAAGGUACCAAGGAAACCAGUAAUAUGGGAUUAGAAAUGGCUGCUAGUUGCAAGAUAUACACAUUAACUCAUCAUUAAUCAGUUAUUUUAAUGCUCUGAGACAUAGAAUGUUAAUUUCUGUAUAUUUUUUGGUGAUUUAGUGUUGUGGCAAAAGUAAUUUGCACACCACUUUCAAGUUGUUCUUUAUAAGAAGAACAUUCUUUUGCUAUGAAAUGUAUAAAUUCUAAGGAUCAGGGCCAGCCUUAAAGGUGGAUGAUCUAGGCAAUUGUAUAAAAAAUUCAGGGGCAGCUUUCCUUAUUCCAGUCUUACUCAUGUGCCAGCUGGUGGAUGUGAAGCAUUUUGACAAUAGUAGUAUCUACAGAAGAGGACUAGGUACUGCUGUUAUCAUAGAAGCAAUACCUCCUUCUGCCCUGAAAGUGGCACAAGUACUCACAAUUGCAACCUGAUGCUGCUUAAUAGUACUUCAGAAGUCUGGGAAUGACAAGAAAGUGACAACAUAUGGGGAAUUGAAAGCCAGGGGAGGGAGGCCGGUAAGGGAGAAGGAAAAGAGAAAGCGAGACAGACAGGCAGACUAUACUGAAGGUGA